ACCUCCCUGUGCAGGUCACCCCGGAGGAAAUCAACUCCCAAAUCGCGCUGGAGUACGGCCAGGCCAUGACGGUGCGCGUGUGCAAAGCCGACGAGGAAGUGAUGCCUGUAGUAGUGGUACAGAAUGCCAGUGUCCAGGACCUGAAGAAAGCCAUCCAGCGGUAUGUGCAGCUGAAACAGGAGCGGGAAGGAGGUAUACAGCAUGUUAGCUGGAAAUAUGUGUGGCGAACAUAUCACCUAACCUUUGCUGGAGAGAAACUGACAGACGACCGAAAGAAGCUGAGAGAAAAAUCUGUGACUUCCCUAUUGAACCAAGAUGACCUCCCAGCCCCUGUGCCACCUUUUUGUGUACAGAUGUACUGACCAGACAUGGGGUUUCUGGAGCCAGAUAGGCGGCUGCUGUUCCUGAGCAACUCUAAACUUAAGAAGAUGAAAGCAGAAGUGUGUCUUCCAUGGUGUCUGUUCUAGGAUCAGUUUGAAGCCAUCAAUGGAAGUGUAAAGGAGGCAUCACGUUCAGUACAAAGGAAUCAGUUCAACAGUAGACUGUUGUGAAAACAAACUGCCAAAGCACUGGAGCCCAUGAAAAACUAAUGCAGAUCUAGAUCCUCUACUUCAUUGUCGUAAUCUCAAGGAGCUUGUCUCUUGGUUAAGUAGAUGUGAUGUAGAGAUAUUGUGACAGGGUUCAUGGGCUCUGUGUGCCUGAAAUUGAUAAAAUUGGAGUGGGGGGGUUAUAUGAUGGAUAGAAAACAUUUGACAUUAGGUAUCUAUCUAAUUCCUGUGGCAAGCGUAUCACUGCUAAUUCAAGGUUGAGAAUAUUAGUAUGUUAGAAGAAUUUUCUAUGAUGUUUCUCCUACAACAUCAUCUAGCUUCUACAGCUGAACAGUAAAAUUUACUGCCACAAAAUUCUCAGCCCUCCAGUGUUCCCAUUUUCUCUUGUAGAGGAUAGAGACCCUGUUGGUAUGACAAGGUCUCUUCGUUAUUGUCCAAGUUAAAUAGGUUAAACAUCACUAAGUUUCUGGAAGAUUGAGAUAGUAUGUGAGGUGAGUUGUCACUGACUCAUGUCUGACUUGCCUGGUUCCUGCUUUUUGUGGGGGCAGAGUGCUGUCUUGGGCCUGAAACCCCCCCCCAAAAAAAAUUACUCCUAUGGAUAAUAUCAACUUAAUUUUGCUUGCUGAGGAAGACUUUAUCUAUUGCCUUGCUAAGUAACAGCUAAACUGUGUUUAUGAAUUUAAAAAGCCAUUGUUCUUACCUUAUUGUCUUUAUUAUGUUUGACAACAUUUUGCAGAGUCCAGGUUGUUGCUUCCUGGUGUCUUUCAUUUGGUUGACAGGGUAGAAACACUCAAAAUGGGACAUUGAAACUUUGAUGUGACAACGAUCAGCAGGGGCAAGUAGAGCCCCUGAAUUCUCUCAACUUCUUAUGUAGAAAAGAACAGCAGAAUCUUGAUAGAUCAGUCACAGAUGGACACUUCCACUACCCUGAGUAAGACUGCCUGAAGGCCUAUGAGGAACAGUCUGCUUUUAAAUGUCCCAAGCAAUGUGGCUUCCAGACCUUGCCCAGCUGAUUCUCAAUUUAUCAAAUUGUUUUUGUGCUGGAAUGCAGCUUCUUAGUUUUUGAGAAACAGGUCAUUUGUAAUUCUCCCAUCUAGCAAACAAGUGAACUAGAAAGACCAGAACUACUUUUCACCAUGACAUAGAAGGUUUCUAGACAAGGGAGUAAUUUAGCAGCAUCAAACGCAGCUCUGAGGAUUUCCUGCUAAACAUAUAUAUGGAACACACACCUGAAAAUGGCCUUCUGGGCCAUCAAAUUCAUUUCCCUGAGUUUCCAUGAAAUUGUUUACCUAAGAAAUCUCCAGAUCACCAUUUCAAAUGUGUGUAAUGGCAAGGGACAAUAACUAACAUCAAUAAUGCCCCAUCGCAUACACAGGUAAAACAGAGGAGCCCUGCCACUGCAUGGUGGGGGAGCCCCUCAUCCUAAAUUUGCAUGGGGGUGGGGACAGGUAGCUUCUGCUGCUCAGCAGCCUCCUGUUUAUCAUUUGUCUUUUUCUGUCCCCCACCCCUCCUUACCAUCAGGGGCAGCUUUGCUCUGGCUUAGGCUGGGGUCCUUCCUGGGCACAGAGCAAAUGGAAACUCUCCUGCCCAGCCAAUCAGCAGUGCCAUCACUGCUGAAUUGCUGGACAGGGGCUGACAAGGUUCCUUGGGUGAAUUCGAUAUCUUUUAUUAGACC